AAAAAAAUAAUAAAACAUAAAUUAAUUAAAAACUUACUUUCAUCAACUUAAAAAAAAGCAAAACCAAAAGAUAAAAUGUAUUACCCAGGAUAAGGCGGUCACCACCAUCACCAUCACCACCACAGUGGAGAAUACCAAUAAGGAUACCAACAAUUUCCCCAACAAGGAUAUCCUUAACAACCAUACAAUCAAUAUCCUACCCAACCUAUCCCAGUCGUUACUAACGUUGGAUACGGACAACCUUAAGUUUUCUACAACUGCACCAUUAGAUCUUACACUAAUCCCAAUCACUACCUUUUCGUUUCUAAUGAUGGUGUUAGAGGUCUUGGAUAAGACUACGAUAUCAGAACUCACCCCAAUGUUGAAGAAAGAAACAAAUUCAUUAUUGAGCAUUUAGGAAAUGGCCUUUGCAUCAUCAAGCACUAAAUGAGUGGUUAAUACCUUUUCGUUGCUAACGACGGUUCCAAAGGAUACGGUAGUGAUUAUGAUGUUAGAUCUCACCCCUACGCUGAAGAAAGAAACAAAGUCUAUGUAUUAAAAACCUAAACUCCUGGUGUCUGGGCUAUUUAAUCUACUGCUUGCAAUCAAUAUAUCUUCUGUUCUAAUGACGGUGUUAAUGGAUACGGAGCUGACUUCGAUGUUAGAUCUCACCCUCAUAUUGAAGACAGAAAUAUGUGGUUUAUUGAUGGAUUCAUGUACUGA